AUGUCGUCGCGAAUAAAUGUGUCGGUAGCUCAAUACCUCUUUGCCCGCAUCAAAGAGGUCGGUAUUCGAUCAGUUCAUGGUGUACCAGGAGAUUUCAACUUAGCGUCCCUCGAUUACAUAUCCAAAGCGGGACUGCGCUGGAUUGGAAAUUGCAAUGAACUCAACGCCGGAUAUGCUGCCGACGGUUAUGCCCGUGUCAAUGGAAUAUCUGCUUUAAUGACAGUAGCUGGAGUUGGAGAGCUGUCGACCUCGAAUGCGAUUGCCGGAGCAUAUGCCGAGCGCGUUCCAAUCUUGCACAUCGUCGGUCAACCUAGUCUACACUCGCAGCGUCAAAAAAAGCUACUGCAUCAUUCACUAGGCGAUGGAAAUUUUGCAACCCUUUCCAAGAUGUCAGAGGGAGCGGUAGCCCAAAGUGUACAGAUAAAUUGCGCAAAAAUGGCCCCGAGCUUGAUUGACAAUGCUAUCGCCCAGUGCUGGAGCACUAGUAGACCGGUUUCGAUCAUUCUACCUACCGAUAUGGUUCACGCCUCUGUUCCGGGGGCAGAUUUGGCAAGGCCAUUGGAUCUAUCGGCCUCCUUCAUAAAUGAUAAUACACUUGAGACCGACGCCGCUGAUGCUAUUCUCAGGGCUCUGGGAGCCGCAAAGCAACCUAUCCUUUUACUUGGGGGUUAUAAUGUGCGCUUCACAAAAUUGAAGGAGGUACAGUCCUUGGCUGAAAAUCUAGCCUUACCAAUCUAUUUAUCACCAUCCGGAAGAGGUAUUAUCGAUGAGCAACAUCCUAAUUUCAGUGGACUUUACUUAGGGGACUGCUCUCAUCCAUAUGUUACCCAGAAGGUCCGGUCAGCCGACCUUGUUCUUUCCAUUGGAAAUAUUCAUUCUGACUUGAAUGUCGCAUCGGUAUCAUGGAAUUUUGAUCCCUCAAAUAUGGUUGAGAUUCAGGAUGGAAUGAUUCAUAUACAAGGCAAACCUCACCCGGGACUCAAUAGUGCGGGUCUUCUACGAACGCUCCUGCAUCGUUGUUCAGAUAUUGUUCCGGUGGACAUAUUUCAAAAUGAGGCUCCCUCAUCUACAAUGACCCUUCUUGAAACAGGCAACUCCUUUAUGUCAUCUAACUCAAAUGUGGCUAUCAAUCCAGAGCCGGUAUACGGAGACGGGUUGAUGAAGGGCGUGCUGAGGCGGAUGUUUCAUACUCUAAGUAACAGAGAGGAUACCGGAGACCUGACCCAUGACUGGCUAUGGCCCAAGCUUAGCACUUGGUUACGCCCUGAGGAUACGGUUAUAGCCGAGACUGGUACCUCAAACUUUGGGAUAUGGUCUACUAAGUUUCCUCGUGGAGUCACGUUUAUCAGCCAGUACGUGUGGGCCAGCGUUGGCUACUCCCUGGGCGCUUGCCAAGGGGCCGCAGCAGCGGUCCAAGAUUCAGACCGACCGGAUCGAAGGACUGUUCUUUUUAUCGGCGACGGAAGCUUUCAGUUCACUUGUCAGGAGCUGAGUACAAUCGUCAAAAACAACCUGACGCCUAUCAUAUUCGUGAUCUGCAACAAGGGCUACACCGUGGAGCGGCUGAUACAUGGCAUGCAUGAAUCUUACAAUGAUGUCCAGGACUGGCAGUAUCGGAAACUUCUCGAAGUGUUUGGAGCCGAUCGCCGAUCAUAUCAGACACAUCAAAUUCGGACCAAAGCCGAGCUUUCUGCUCUUCUCAAGGAUCAAUCAUUCAAUAGUGAUCGCAUCCUUCAAUUUGUCGAAUUACACAUGGAUCAAAACGAUGCGCCAUCUGAUCUCAAAGCGCUAGCUUCGCAGCUUGUGGCACGCGACUUGCAAAUGGAGGCCAAAGAUUGA